AUGACCAAUUUCCAGACAGAAUUUGCGUGCUCUCCCACUCGAUCCAUGCUGUUCUCUGGGACAGAUAGCCACAUUGCUGGACUUGGACAAAUGGCAGAGUUCAUGCGAUCAUUUGGUGAUGGUAAUGGUUUUGAGGGAAAGCCUGGCUACGAGGGAUAUUUGAACUUGAGAGUAGCGGCUCUCUCGGAGAUCUUGCAAUAUGGAGGAUACCACACGCUCACGUCCGGAAAAUGGCAUCUUGGAAUGACAAAAGAGAUUGCUCCUUGUCCCAGGGGCUUCGAUAAGAACUUCUCUUUGCUACCAGGAGCUGGCAACCACUAUAACUAUGAGCCUCAGCUGGAUGAUAUCGAAGUCCGUUUUAUCCACACAACUGGGUUUUGGAUGGAAGGAGACAAAUUUUUCGACCGGACAACAGAAAUCCCCGAAGACUUCUACGUAACUCCUACAUUCACAGAUAAGAUGCUGGGAUUCCUCGAGAACCGCACGGAAAAAGAAUCACAGAAGCCCUUUUUUGUCUAUCUACGAUAUACGGCUCCACGCUGGCCUCUACAAACGCCCCGGGAGAUCAUCGAGAAAUACGCGGGAAUGUACGACGAUGGUCCCGAUGCAUUGACACAGAAGCGGCUUCAGCGUCUCGAGGAGCUAGGAUUGGUGGAGGGGAAUAUACAACACGCAUCUCCUGUAGGUGCCAUUGGGAAGGAUUGGAAAGAGCUGCACCCAGAAGAGAAGAAGGCUUCUUCACGGAAGAUGGAAAUCUUUGCUGCAAUGGUUGAUCAACUCGAUGCCAAUGUUGCCCGAGUUAUUGAGUACCUUGAGUCUACACAUCUACACAUCUACACAUGA